AUGAAAAGAAUAAAACUUAAAUUAAAGAAACCAAAUCCAUUGUUUGAGAUUUGGUUAGAAGAAUGGAGGAAAGAAGCUGCAUCCAGAAACUCCGAUUUGCAAUAUCACUUUUCGAAAGCACUUCAAUCUCUAAGAAAAUAUCCUUUGCCGUUAAAGUCCGGAAAAGAUUGUAUAAUAUUGCAACAUUUUGGUACAAAAUUAUGCUCGAUGUUAGAUAGAAAACUUGAAGAAUAUAAAGCUAGAAAUGAAGGCUCAACAAGUGCUAAAGAUUUUGUUUGUAAACAGAGUAAUUACGAAGAACAGCAUGUACUUAAAAGAAAAUAUAAAUCACAACAAAUUGUUAUGGAUGCAGAUUUUGAACAUGAAAGGACAGAACUGGCAGCAUUUGAUAACUUAAAUUUAUCUUCUUGGAAUCUAGAAAAUUAUGCUGCUUUAUUUAUACUAUAUAAGAAUACACAAAAUCCACAUUGUUCAGGGUAUAUUACUGAAGUUGAUUUACUAUCUGAAAUAAAAGAGUUGUGUGGUGAUGUUUCAAAGACUUCAGUUUUAGAUUUAUUUCAGUGUGGCUUAAUUUCUAUGAUAGGUGCUCCUAAUAGAUAUAAUCUUACAGAACAUGGUGUUAAUAUUUCAAAAAACAUGUGUGAAGUUACAACUAUUGAUGUAGAAUCAAUAAAUUCUAUCAACAUUUUAAGUAAGAUUCAAGCACUUCUAAAACCAUUGUUUAUACAAAAGUCAGAGUUAACAAAAGAUUUUAAAAAUCUUGAUAAUGGAAACACAAAUACACAAUUAUCUAAAAACUGUUCAAAUGGUACGCAAAGCAAUUCAACUAAACCUUCAAAAAUGUAUAAGUCCAAGUCUGAAGGAUUCAGUGCUAUUAGAAAACAUAGGCAACAGCCUGAAAAAGAUUCUGUGAGACAGAAGUCAGAGGAAAAUAAUAUGCUUGUAGAAAAAAUACCAGGAAGGAUAAAAAAAGCACAAAAUACAAAUAAUGGCGCAUUAAAUAAUAUAGAUAAUAAUAAAACAGAUUCUACAAAUAAUAUUCAGAAGAACAUCUAUUUAGAAUCCAAUAAGUUUGAUGUAAUAUUAUUAGUAGAUACACAUGAGACUAGUGGUGGUAGAACAAAACCUCAACAUGAUGCUACUGUAGUGGAACUAACACAACUUGGUGUUAUAUUUGAGAUACGCCAUUUAAAAGUUGGUGAUUUUGCAUGGGUUGCCAGAUGUAGAAAUACAAAGAAUGAAUUGAUUUUACCUUACAUUAUAGAGAGGAAACGAAUAGACGAUUUGAGUUCAAGUAUUACAGAUGGGAGGUUUCAUGAACAAAAAUUCAGAUUGAAGCAAUGUGGGAUUACAAAUCUUAUGUAUAUAAUUGAGGAAUACGAGAAAGGUCAAAAAUUAGCAAUACCAUAUUCAUCAUUGAUGCAAGCUUCCAUUAAUACUUUAAUACAAGAUGGUUUUUCAGUAAAGUACACCAAAAGCCAUAAAGAUUCUAUGUUUUAUUUGUCAUCAUUAACAAGAGUUUUGAUUAGGCGUUUUCGAGAAAAAAAUUUGAUAUGUUGCAAAAAGGAAGCUAUUGCACAAAUAAAUAUUUUAAGUGAUACUUGUUUUCUUAUGGAAUUUGAAGAAUUUAAUAAAGCAGCAUCCAAACAAAAAGUAUUUAAAGUAAGUCAAAUGUUUGUCCGCCAAUUAUUACAGUUAAAAGGAAUAUCUGUAGACAAAGCUUUAGCAAUUGUAGAACGUUAUCCAACACCACGAGUAUUAAUUGAAGCUUUUCAAAACUCUGAUUGUAAUGAAUCAUUAUUAGCAAAAAUUGAAUUUGGAGAUAAGAAACGUCUUAUCGGACCUAUAAUUAGUAAAACAAUUUAUCAAUUAUACACAAAAAAAAAUUUAGAUUAA